UGUUAUUUAGGAGGAUUUCGCUUAUCCUUUUGAAUGGGCGUUUCUUUAACGUAGAGGGGAAGGGGGUUUGGUCUAUAUGCCUGCUGUAGACUGUGUUAUUAUUGACAUGACCAGCUAUUCUACUGCAGUAGUAACGCUGCACUUGUAGUUGCCCUGUAAGUAUGUAAUACAUGACGUUUCUGCUUUGUGUCCGUAUUAUUUUAGCGUGGUUUAAACCGGAUUAGUGUGAACUCGGGGACCGAUUUUAGCAGCUUUGACACUAGCAGGCAACAACCUGGCACUCUGAAAAAAAAAAAUAUGCCGUCUUCGGAGGAAGGUUUAUCCGGAGGUGACGUGGUUACUGUUAAACACGAGCUGAAAAACGCAAACCUGACGGGUCACGUGGAGCGUGUAGGCAUUGAGAAUUUUGAGCUUCUGAAGGUUCUAGGUACAGGAGCGUAUGGAAAAGUGUUCUUGGUGCGCAAAGUGAGCGGACAUGACUCGGGCAAGCUGUACGCCAUGAAGGUGCUGAAAAAAGCCACCAUCGUACAGAAGGCGAAGACAGCAGAGCACACACGUACAGAGAGGCAGGUCCUGGAGCAUAUCAGACAGUCACCGUUUCUCGUUACCCUGCACUAUGCCUUCCAGACCGACACCAAGCUUCACCUCAUUUUAGACUAUGUGAAUGGGGGAGAGCUCUUCACACACUUGGUGCAAAGGGUCCAUUUCAAAGAACAAGAGGUAGCUUUGUACAGCGGAGAGAUCGUCCUGGCACUGGAACACCUGCAUCAGCUGGGGAUCGUCUACAGAGACUUAAAACUGGAGAAUAUUCUUCUGGACUCAAUCGGUCACAUCGUCCUGACAGACUUUGGACUUAGCAAAGAAUUUGAUGAGGUAGAGAGGGCUUACUCUGUGUGUGGCACAAUUGAAUACAUGGCCCCUGAGAUUGUAGAAGGUGGAGAAUCAGGACAUGACAAGGCAGUGGACUGGUGGAGUCUGGGGGUGCUGAUGUACGAGCUUCUGACUGGUGGCUCUCCUUUCACCGUAGAUGGUGAUGAGAACUCCCACUCAGAUAUAGCUAAGAGAAUUCUGAAGAAGGAUCCUCCAUACCCCAAGGACAUGGGGCCCCUGGCCAAAGACAUCAUUCAACGACUCCUCAUUAAGGAUCCAAAGAAAAGGCUAGGUUCUGGGCCCUCCGGGGCACAGAAUGUAAAGAGCCACCCAUUUUACCAGAAAAUGAACUGGGAGGAUCUGGCUGCUAAGAAGGUCCCAGCACCCUUCAAGCCGGUCAUCCGGGACGAACUAGACGUGAGUAACUUUGCGGAAGAAUUCACGGAGAUGGAUCCUACUUACUCCCCUGCUGCACUGCCUCAGAACUGUGACCGCAUUUUCCAGGGAUACUCCUUCAUAGCUCCCUCGAUCCUGUUCAAGAGGAAUGUGGUGAUGGAUGAUCCAGUUCAGAUGUGUGGUGAAGUGGAGAGGCCUGGACCUGCUGCAGUUGCUCGCAGUGCCAUGAUGAAGGAUUCGCGUUUCUAUAUGAACUACGAGAUGGACCUGAAGGAGACAGCACUAGGAGAGGGAAGCUUCUCUAUCUGCAGGCAGUGCACACACAAGAAGAGUGGGCAGAAAUAUGCAGUAAAGAUUGUCAGUAAAAGAAUGGAGGCACAGACACAGAAAGAGAUAGCUGCUCUCAAGCUGUGUGAUGGACACCCCAACAUCGUCAAGCUUCAUGAGAUUUACCAUGAUCAGCUGCAUACGUAUCUGGUUCUAGAGCUGCUGCGUGGUGGAGAGCUCCUGGAGCGGAUCCGGAGGAAGCAGCACUUCAGUGAGACAGAAGCAAGCCGCAUCAUGCGGAGGCUGGUGUCUGCUGUGAGCCACAUGCACGACGUAGGUGUGGUACAUCGAGACCUUAAACCGGAGAAUCUGAUAUUUACUGACGAAAGUGAGAAGUCCGAAAUAAAAAUAAUCGACUUUGGCUUUGCUCGGCUCAAGCCUCCCGACAACCAGCUUCUGAAGACGCCCUGCUUCACCCUACAGUACGCCGCCCCUGAGAUCCUCAAAUACGACGGUUAUGAUGAGUCAUGUGACCUCUGGAGUCUGGGGGUCAUACUGUACACCAUGCUCUCUGGCCAGGUGCCCUUUCAGUGUCAGGAGAAGAACCUAACACACACGAGUGCAGAGGAGAUUAUGAAGAAGAUCAAACAUGGAGAUUUCUCUUUCCAGGGUGAGGCUUGGAGAAACGUGUCCCAGCAGGCCAAGGAUCUCAUUCAGGAGCUCCUGACAGUAGACCCAAACAAGAGAAUAAAGAUGUGUGAGCUACGCUAUAACACAUGGCUGCAGGAUGACAGUCAGCUCUCAUCCAACCCCCUCAUGACUCCUGACAUUCUGGGCCUGUCUGCCGCCUCCGUAAACACCUGCGUUAAAGCCACCUUCAAUGCCUUCAACAAGUGUAAGCGGGAGGGUUUUCGACUGCAGACGGUGGAUAAGGCUCCUCUAGCCAAGCGCAGGAAAAUGAAAAAGACCAGCACAAGCACUGAGACACGCAGCAGCUCCAGUGAGAGCACACACUCGUCCUCGUCUUCCUCCCAGUCUCAGGAGAAGACUCCUCUUCAGUUGUCUGUCAUCACGCCCCUCACACUGGGCACUGGUGACGAUGAGCACUCCCAGAGUGAGCCACAGCCUGCUUUCAGCUUCUCAGAGUGAGCUGUUUCGUCCUCUCUCUCUCUCUCUCUCUCUCUCUCUCUCUCUCUCUCUCUCUCUCUCUCUCUCUUUCUCUCUCUGUUCCUCUACAUUAGUCGGGUCUCCCUUUAGCACAGACGCAGAGCAUGCAAGCAGGAGCAACGGAGCCGAAAUUGCCCGUGCCCUUCACUAGCAAUAGAUGUGUGGAACAGGGUAGAAAAAUACGGGGGUGUUUGAGGAAAAAUGCCUGAUCCCUUUAUCAUCCAAUGAUUUCUGGACUGCACCAGACUUUACCGCACUCCUGAUCCAAGUGUCCAGGCAUCUGCAUCUGCUGUGUGUCACAUACACAAACAAGCUGAGUGUCACAUGACAUCCUGCGCUAACUGGAUCGAACGCUUCAGUAACUGUGUGCUCUCACUGCGUCAGGCCAAACCAAAAUGGAAAAAAUGGAUAUAAUAUUCUUUAUUAGAAGAAGUUUAUAUAUGUUUAUAUAAUGUUUUUGUUUAUAUGAUAAAUUAUUCGUCUUGCCCUAUGGUCAAGUGGGUUCUCUUUGGCGGAUGGCCUCGUAAAUUGAGUUCGUCUGCAGGCUUCUUCUGAACUGAGACUCAUGGUGAAGUAGCAGAGAUUUGUUUGUUAUAUGAGAUUUGUCUGAAUACACUCAAGAGUGUUCUAUGUUUAUUAUUUUAUGCAGAAAAUGGGUUAUAUUGGGAGUAAAAAUGGUCUAUUUUAUAUGUGAACGUAAAAGUCAAAUAUAUAUAUUAAGAAAUCCUAAGACACAGUUCUAGGAAAAAGCGGUCAAUAUAGUGAUGGAUUUAUUCUGAGAGAGUUGUAUUUUAGUGAUAGAUUUUAUUCUGAGAGUGUUUAACUGAUAGCCAGGAUUUAUUUUUCAUUUAUAUAAAAAGUUAGAUGCUCCACAUAUUUAACUAAAGAACACAAAGGUGGUGCUGUAUGUCUAAAUAUGUUGUUCAUGUCCUAAUAACUACAUAAAUUAUCUGGUUAGCAGAGUAGGUUUCUAUGUAGUAAGCAGAACAAAAGGUAGCAGCAGAGAGUGGAGGUGUCAAGGUUAGGUGCAGUUAGUUGUCUCAUAAUAUUUUGUCUUUGUAUGGAUAGUUAAACGUUUUCUGUACUUUCUGUGCUAGACGCUCAGUGGUAAAUUGACCGAGUACGGCGUCUGCUAUUGUAAUAGGGUUCAUUGUUGAAGGCACAUCUGCAUGCCAUGAGCUUAAAAGUACUGUCCUUGUUAAAUCCUUGAUAUAAUAGCAUUCUCUGCUCUAUUAUUGGAAGCACUACAAAGGCUUUCAUCCGAUAAGGCACUAGACUCAACGUUGCAGUUGACCUGCUAUGCAAAAAUAGCCUACGCAUUUAUUUCUUUAGCAUGACUUGUGUGUAUUGCCCUUGUCUGAUAGGGACCAUUAUGCAUUAUAAACAAGUGAGCAAAAAAAAAGAACAUCAUGCCUCAUAAGACCUCUUUAAGGCCAGCUAGGCUGUGUAGGAGCUUCAGUAGGAGCUCACAUAUCCUUUACCUCUUUACCUUUACAUUGAAGUGGUGACAUUCACAAGCUGAAACUCUGAGGGCUUGUACAGAGUGAACGGUAAACACACACACACACAUACAAACAUGCAUGCAGAUACACUGGUGCUCCUGCUUCUGCCCACGUGACAGAGCAACAGAUGAGCAAUAAGAGCAUCCUGAGCUCAGCUCACUUUCCAGUAUCAAAGGCCUGCACGUGGCUUUUUCCAUCUCCACCUUGUGCCAAACCCCUGCAGCUUCCUCAUUCCUGCUCUGCUCUUUUUUUGUAUUGGUAUAUUAAUAGAACAGGAAAGAGAGUGUGUGUGUCCUACAUUGAACUCCACUCAGGGGUGCGGGGAGGUGGGGAGUGGAUUGGGGUGAAGGCCUUAUUAGUUGAUUUACAUUGGUGCUGUUUUUCCUCUGAGAGAUUAAGCAGCCCGGCUCUGAGUCCUAGUCCAAGGGCAGUUAGACAGGUGCAUGGGAACACACAGAGGGAAAACGGGGUCAGCGCUUUACAGCAUUCGGAAGAGGCUGAGAAUUUGGCUUUGAUGAAUAUGCGGCAGAGCUAUUCAGACUCCGAGGCAAGACCUAUGCUUCUGAUUUUGGCAGAUAGGUCAGCACUCUGUUCUAUCGUUUCAUUGAUCUCUAAAGCACUUGUAUUUUGCGUCAGCAGCAGAUUCUCUGAGUUCUAAAGAGCUCUCUGGUCUGCCUGGCUGUGUGAGGGUUUUAUGUAUAUUCUAGAGAGUAUCUUUUACCAUUUUCUGAGGUAGAGAGAACACAUAUCGUAACAGCAUGCUCUUGAAAAGAGCCUAUUCCUUUGAUCUGAGCACUCCUUCAUCACAAGUUAUUGUUGGCCUACUUUAAUGCUCUCAGGAGCUGGUUAAUUGUGCGGCCCUUUUUUCCUGCCAUUGUAGCAGAGGGUCCAGUGUGAGUACAUAUUUCUCUCUGCUUCCAGCGGUCAGUCUGUCGGCUCACUCUUUCAUCUGCUCGUGGAGGUGGAGCAGUUCUCCAUGAGGAUUUGAGCUUCGACAUAUCCCUCAUGAACGCUAUCUCGCACAACGUAGGCUAUGAAAGCUGAUUUUGUAAGGAAGGUGGCUAAAAACCACCCGCUUUGUGUUUCUGAUAUUUAAUAAUCGGCAGCUUGUUAUGUAUUGUUGUGUUAGGUGGAAGAAUGUUGUUGAGGUUUACAAAGAAGUGGUCGUUUUGUACGAGUGGUCAUUUUCAGAACUGGCUAUAGGGAGCAGGUACUUUAACUCUCAUUGUCCUUAACGGGACGUUUCACUCUGAACCUGGGAGAUCUUGCAGUAUCUUUAUUUUUUCCAGUUGAGCAUCAUUUUAUAAGCAAGAAAUUUGACAUGUGAAAAAUAAAAUGACAAGGAGGAGCUUUCAACAUUAACAUUAGCAACAUUACCAACACCAGCACACUGUGUUAUGGAUGGCAGGCAGUCUCUGACUCCUGGAGUUCAACUCUCUAGAAUUGGAAAAUGCUGUUGCUUUAUACAGGUGACUAAAAAUAUUCAUAGACUUUCAUGCUAUGUCUUUAAUCCAAUGAUUUGGUUUGUUUCAUUGCCAAAGCUUUAAACUGUAGCAUUAAAUUUCUUUGUAACUCAAAACCAUUGUUUACCAUCAGCAAAAUGAGUUAGUUAGUAGAAUUGUCCAGCAUGCUGGCUGGGAGAUGAUGUCUCAGCAUAUCAACUGGCACAAAACUUUCAUAUUGUUUAGAUCACUGUGACGUCCAUUCAGGUUCAAAACCAAAGGGGUACUUCAUACAUCCUCACAGUCUACUAAACAUUUUAUAUCUAUAACUAUAUCUAUCUAUGUCUCCCUAUAGAUAGAUAGACAGACAGACAGACAGACCAGAUGCAUUCUUGGCCAGUCAUAUCUAAUUUGUGCAGCCGUAAGACAUUUCUUUUUGUUAUAUAUUUUUCAAUGCUAGACCAUAUUUAAUAUUAGAAAAAAGCAUCAAUAAGAUAUUGGAAAAGAGAGAACAUUCAUUCAUAGGUAACUGAUGUUGUUUAACAUCCAAUUGUGCAAUCAAGGACUGCCACCGAGGGGCAGUAUCUACAUACAUUUCAGUCUAAAGCAUCUUUUGAGAUAUUUCAACUUAGACCUACUUGUCCUAUCUGCUCACAUUGCUUACAGAGCAGCAUCAGUGGUUCCAUCAUUCUGCACAGAACAAAAAAAAGAGAAUCUCUGUACUGGAACAUUGAAUUGGAUUAAUGUAAUAUUAAUAAAAAAAAUGAAUUAUAGUUAUCUAGCUGGGCUGGAUAUAUAUUAAUAAUAUUAUUCUCUUAACUUAUUAAAUUGGGUUGUUGGAUUGUUAGAUGAUUGAUUUCAAAAGAAACAAGCAAAAUUUUUAUUAUAUUUAUGGACUUAUAUGGUGUAUAUAUUUUGAAAAGCCAAGCCAUAUUCCUUUAGGUGUCCGAUAGUUUCCUCUAUAAAAAAAUGUUUUCUGAAUAUUAGGUCAUAAAAUGAACUUUAACAAUUAAGGAUUAGAUAUGAAUUCAAUAUUUUGUGUUUUAGGAAACUAGGGUUACAAAUCUGAUUGUUUUGCAUGACUGUUCAAGAUUCUGAGUUGAAUCAACUCCAGUUCUCCAAAGCGAGAAUGCACUCUUGUUAGUUCUCUAGUCUUAUCGCUAGUGUGGUUUAAGCUAUAUGUCUAUGUUUGAAAAAGAGUACUUAAGGGCUCUUGUUAAAGUUUCUAAUGAAUGUUGUGAAUAUAAAAUAUCAAUUGAAAUAAAAUAUCUCUACAUUUACAAGGGUUUACUCUGCUUAUUCCUUCAUUCUAUAUUCACUUUAAACAGCCUUUUAACAACCUGUGUAAUUUGUUCUUAAUCUUUGCCUUAAACUAACAAUCUGUUACUCCUGGAAAAUAAUUCUGUGUUUUGCAGAGGUUAACAUGUUUUGUUCUACACUCUUUGGAUACUGCACUUAUUUAUGAGAAGCACUCAAAACAUGAACUGGCUGAAUGAAUCAGUUGGAAAAGUGGGAUAAAGAAUUUUCUCGAGCUUUUAAUCUUCCCACCUUGAUCAUGUGUAAAUGUAGUAACUGUGAUGAUUUUCAGUCAUUGUACCAUCUCUAAGAUAUUCAGUAAAGCAAAAAAAAAAUGGACCUAGAAAGAACAUAAAUCAUUUUAAAUAUAUACAGUUUAUUUGCUUAGUUUUAGAAAGUACUCUGUUGGAUGCAGAGACUACAUAGCAAACAUGGUCAGGGAUAAGGCGGGAAACUGUGGAAUUUUGCACUCGGCCACAUUUCCUAUUGUGCCCCAGAUUUGACCGACUGCCCCAUCGUACGAUGAUGGGGCUUUUUCUAUUCUUUUCUCUCUUAGUGCAUGUUCCCAAAGCGCUCAGCAUUCCAGCAGCCCACCAUAGGAGCUGCUUUAGUGAGGGCCGCUGGCUCCUGGGUGGCCUCUUGUGCAGGGGCUGCAAAGGGGAGGAGACGAUGUCUUAUUAAUUGACUGGGUGUCUUGGGCAAAGUGGAGGAAUUUGGCUGAGAAGAGAGAGAGACACACACAGAGGGGAGGACCAGACAUUGUCUGAGCUGCCUCCAGCUCUACUGUAUACCUCCUCAUUUUCUCAGCCUGCAUCAUCAUAAAUGCCAGAAAAAGACAUUUCCUGCUUGUAAUUUGUGUCCAAAUGAGCGAGGCUGGACUCAACUCCAAAUGCAAAGGAAAGCCACAAACGCUCCAAAGAAUGGAUGCUCUCAAAGCUGUGAGGGUGACCCGGGUUGCAGCGGAGGGCGUUUCUCUGGAGCAGGUUGUGGGAAUGGCCGACGUGGUCCUGGGAGCUGUGGAGGCACUGAAUGGCUUGAUGUGGCUGAGUGUGUCAGGGGGAUGUGAUUGAGUGGGAUGUUCUCAGGCUAGGGCAAAAGCAGGGCAGACAAGGGAGGGGAGGGAGUGUGUAAGUGUUGAAGCUUCCCAUGUGGUCCACACUGACACCCCCACCACUACCACCACCAAACCGAUGCACCCCCAGCAUCCACCAUAAUCCUGUUACAUGUGUCCCCAUUAGCAGUAGUGGGACAGCUUUUGUGUCACAAGGUUUUAGCUAGUUGCCAGCCAUAGACCCACCAUUUUUGGACUCCUUCCCACACCCCAUCUGUACCAUGGCAAAAAACACACGCACCAAAUCAGUGUAAACCCUGGAGGGAUCAGAAGUCAACAAGAGUGAUCAUAAAUCAUCACAGUCCUUUUGUCACACAAAUUAUUUUGCACACCAAAAUCACAAAUAUCAUGAUUGAAUGAUAAACACCAUCGCCCUUUAAUCAGGUUCCGUACACUCCAAUCUGUAAAUCAGUCCUGAAUCAUAUUACUGCAUGGGUUAGCGGUUCUUCUGCUCUCCCCAUCUCAUUCUUAGCAUCAAUUAAUUAUCAGCCCUUUCAUGACUUGAUUUGGACUGAUGUGUGUGAAAAAGUCAGUAAAGUCAAUAAAUAAACAAAGCAAUUAUUUCAUCGAAAAAAAUGGACUGAACCGAGCUUCAUCCUCCUUACAAUAUUUUUGACAAUUCUUGUUCGGAUGCAUUAUAGCAGAUAAAAAAAAUAUGAUUCAGGAAUCUGUUUCUCUGCCUUCCGAUCCAUCAUGCAGCCGAUGAAGAGCUGGAUCGUAGGAACUGACCUCAAAAUAGUCUCCUCCACCCACUUGUUUCCUGUUCUUUGUGGGACAGCACAAAGCCUGCUCUACUGCACACACAUGCACACACACACACACACACACACACACAGAGUGAGGCAGCACUGGGAAUACGUUACAGUAUUGAAAACGACAUAACAGUCAUCAAGAUGGCUGAAAAAUUCCUCCUUUUUUCAUCUUUCUCAAUUUUUUUUCUAAUAUGAGAAUAGAGGAAUAAUAAGAGAAUAAUUUUACCUUUGGAACCAGUGUUUUCUAAAUACGCUAUUAAACAUUUGAUUACUGCCUUGUUUGAGAAGUUUGUUUGUCCAUGACUCUUCUUACUGUAUGUAUCUCCUCAUUAUGUUCAGGGCAACAUUUAUAUGCUUUUCACUGCACCUCAUCUCAUAAGUCUCUUUGAUUAUACUGGGUGUGUGGAAGGGAAUAGUGCUGCAAUAAAUCAGAUUCCCUGAUGUCUUUGGUGUAGCUUAUAUUUAAACUGUCAUUCUUUAUGUACUUAAUACCGAAAUGGAUUAAGUAGAUUGAUUAUAAACAAACAAACAAACAAAAAACCUCACAAAAAUCAUAUAUGAGAAUCAUGUCUGAAUCGUGUUGCUUGUCCUCAGGGAUGUUAACAUCAGACAGUUUUGACUCUAAAACACAUGACUGUUCCCCAUGAAAAAAAACUACUUCUUUUAUUCAGAUUAUUUAUUUUUAUACACCAAAUGAGGUACUUUCUGUGUACUGAGGUUAAGAGUAGGUUGAGGUUUAGGUGUAUGCAUAGCGUUAAUGAUCUGCGUUAAUAUUUAUGUCAAUGAAAGGUCCUGACAAGGAUAGUAAGCCAGUGGGUUGUGUUUGUGUGUGCAUGUGUGUGUGUGCAUGUGCGUGUGUGUGUGUGUGCAUGUGUGUGUGCAUGCUUGCCCUCUGUCGAUCUGAAGUACUGGUUACCAUGACAAUAGUGCUUAGAGAGGGUUUGGCGAACAAUCACCUGUGGAUCUCUUUGCCCUGGCUUCGGCGGUCUGUUCAUUUUUCGCUUUGGGAGCAGAUGGCCUUCCUGAAGAGUUGAUAAGUAUUGCAGCUGAGACAUCUCAUCCAUGAGAUACUACAUCUAACUGUUCCAUGCUGUAGAAUUGCACACAAGGCAUUAAAUGUCCACAGACAUCAUAGCCAACAUAGAAGUACGGUGCUUACUUGAAGAACAACAAAAAGAUAGCUGAGCAUCCUGAGCUGGGAUGUUCUGUUAGAAAAGACAACCCUACAACGUAUACAAGGGAAAAGACAACCCUACAACGUAUACAAGGCUAUAUAUUAAUAAAUUACACUGCCUGGGAAUAUAGCUAUGCAUUUCUAUUCAUUGCUUUGUGGUUCACUUGAAUGAGUGGACCAGAGUCAUCAUCAGAACAAGCUCUGGCCCCUGAUAGCUGGGUUGAGGCUUACUGAGCUCAUUUGAAAUGCUAAUGGCCAAGAGACAGCUGCCAUCCCAUGCUUAACACAGUGUCACCCAGUCUAGAAGAGAGAGAGAGAGAGAGAGAGAGAGAGAGAGAGAGAGAGAGAGAGAGAGAGAGAGAGAGAGAGAGAGAGAGAGAGAGAGAGAGAGAGAGGAAACCAAGAUUGGCAAUAAUUAGGUUGGCUUAUUAUUCUUUGGGUCUUGCUCACACUCGAUCCUUGAGAAGAGUAAUUUGUCUUACAAUUUAGAGAAAGGGAAAGAAGGAAAAGUAUAUUAUGAAAGAAGGACACGUAACAGGACUGAACAUAAGACAAGGCCUGCACUCUGUUUAUUAAUGUUUACCUUUAAAUUCACAGCUAGAGUUUAAAAAAAACAAUCAGGUUUUGCUGAAGGUAACUUAUCAGCAGAAACAACAGUAACAAUAGCAAAUUUAGAGAGCUCUUAAUUUAGCACUCAUUCACUUGGGCUGCCUUAUAGGCUGUGAGUGGCUCCCAGAGUGAUUGCAUGAGUUCUUGUGCCAAAAUGAACACUUGUAAAUAUUGUAGGGGAAUAAAACACAUAUAAAUAUAUAUAGUCGUGAGAACAAAUGUGUUAAACAUUUAAAGGUCUUUUGUCUAAGCCUCUGAGAAAAAAAAUCAGGUUUUAAAAUAAUUUUCUAUGGAUUACGUUUAUACUUAAAUAGAUCACACAGUUAUCGUAUAAAAUGACUCCACCUGGUGAACUUCCAUAAAGGACGACUGGACAAAAAAACACAACUAAAUAUAAUUAAUGUUGUACAUUACAGAAGGUUGGAGAGGGGAAAGUGAAAAAAUAACAAUAAAGGUGCUGGAUAAGAUGGAAAAAAGACUCUCGAAAAGAGAUAAAGCACUGACUGAAUUGAAAUGAGCAUGCAGAGUUCUUUGUAAUGAAUUUAAUAGAAAAAAUUUGUCAUUAUUCGCAGAAAAGUGAAAGCACAUUGACAUAAGUGAAAGCACAGUGACUUCACCAGGACAAAUUUUUUUUUUUUACGUUGCUGUAAUUUUGUUUCAGUAAAUGAAAAACAAAUCAAAAUUAAAAUUUCCAAAGACAACGUCAUAACUAAUCGAGUGCACUAGUUUUAUUAGCUAAGGUUUAAAUAUAAGAAAUGCAGAAAAUCUAUCCAGAAUUGUUAGUGGGUGAGGUCAAAAGUCUCUCAGUGAAUAGAAUUUAGAUGAAGUGCAGUGAGGCGUUCUUCUCAUUUUAAGGGAACCAAUUUAAUAUUGUAUGCUACAAAAUCAGAAUGUUAUUAUAAUGUCUAAGAUUAGAUUCAUGAUUAUUUAAAAAAAAAUUAUUUGUUGCUUUUUACUGCAAUUUUCUAAUUGAUGUCACACACACACACACACACACACACACACACACACACACACACACACACACACACACACACACACACACACACACACACACACACACA